GGGAGAAAAAUAGUUCCAAAUUGCUUAAAAUUGAAUAAUUGGGAUAAAAAUGUAUAAAAUUAAGCUCUUUCUUUUUAUAGUUCCUCUAGUUAUUUCUUCCAGAAUUGAUCAAGACAAUUCAUCAUUUGAUUCUAUAUCUUCAGAACCCAAAUCAAGAUUUGCUAUGCUAGAUGAUGUAAAAAUUUUAGCGAAUGGCCUCCUUCAGUUGGGACAUGGUCUUAAAGAUUUUGUCCAUAAGACUAAGGGCCAAAUUAAUGACAUAUUUCAAAAACUAAACAUAUUUGAUCAAUCUUUUUAUGAUCUAUCACUGCAAACUAAUGAAAUCAAAGAAGAAGAAAAGGAAUUAAGAAGAACUACAUCCAAAUUACAAGUGAAAAAUGAAGAGGUAAAAAAUAUGUCACUUGAACUCAACUCAAAACUUGAAAGCCUCCUAGAAGAAAAAAUUCUACUACAGCACAAAGUGAGAUAUUUGGAGGAACAAUUAACUAAUUUAAUUCAAAAUCAACCUGAAAUUCAGGAACAUCCAGAAGUAACUUCACUUAAGACUUUUGUAGAACAGCAAGAUAAUAGCAUCAAAGACCUUCUCCAGACUGUGGAAGAGCAAUAUAAACAAUUAAACCAACAGCACAGUCAAAUAAAAGAAAUAGAAAAUCAGCUCAGAAGGACUGGAAUUCAAGAACCCACAGAAAAUUCACUUUCUUCCAAAUCAAGAGCACCAAGAACUACUCCCCCUCUGCAGCUGAAUGAAACAAAAAAUACAGAACAAGAUGGCAUUCCUGCUGAUUGUUCUGCCAUUUAUAAAAGAGGUGAACGUACAAGUGGCAUAUAUACCAUUAAACCAAGCAACUCACAAGCUUUUGACGUCUACUGUGAAGUUAAAUCAGGUAAUCCAUGGACCUUAAUUCAACACCGAAUAGAUGGAUCACAAAACUUCAAUGAAACAUGGGAGAACUACAGAAAUGGUUUUGGGAGACUUGAUGGAGAAUUUUGGUUGGGCCUAGAGAAAAUAUAUUCCAUAGUGAAAACAUCUAAUUACAUUUUACAAUUUGAGCUAGAAGACUGGAAAGACAACAAGCAUUAUAUUGAGUAUUCUUUUCACUUGGGAAAUCAUGAAACCAACUACACACUACAUCUAGUUGAGAUUGCUGGAAAUGUCCCCAAGUCACUCCCAGAACACAGGGAUUUGACGUUUUCUACGUGGGAUCACAAAGCAAAAGGACACUCCAACUGUCCAGAAAUGUAUUCAGGAGGCUGGUGGUGGCAUGAUGUAUGUGGAGAAAACAACCUAAAUGGAAAAUAUAAUAAACCAAGAGCAAAAUCUAAGCCAGAGAAGAGAAGAGGAAUAUGCUGGAGGUCUCAAAAUGGAAGGUUAUACUCUAUUAAAUCAACCAAAAUGUUAAUCCAUCCAGUAGAUUCAGAAAGCUUUGAAUGAACUGAAGCAAAUCAAAAAGCCAAUAAAUUAAACAUUAAACUCAUCCCAAGUUACUGUGGUUUAAUAAUCUGGUAUUAAAUUCUUAAUGGAAGCCUUGAGAAAAUUUUCAUUUUAAAGUCACUAUCAAUUUAAAUUAAACAUCAUCACAUCACUCAAAGAAUAACACUUUUCUCAACCAAAAUUCUUAUGAUACUGUUUGUUCAUAUAUUUUGUGAUGUGGGAAUAAAACUUAGAUGGUCAAAUCUAAAUCAUAAAUAAUGGAUGAAUUUUUAAAUAGCAUUUUUAAAU